CCGGCCUCCAACUUACUUUUCUCGAAACGCUCGCAAAUGCCGCAACGGUUGCGCCGGGAAGACUAUACAGUAGGAUGGGUAUGUGCGCUUUCAAUCGAACUGGCGGCGGCGAAAGCGCUUCUGGAUGAAAGACACGAGGCUCCAAUCGAUGAUAUUGAAGACGAUGGAAACGUAUAUUGUACAGGGUCUAUGGCUGGGCACAAUGUUGUCAUUGUUUGUCUUCCGGCAGGGAGAAUUGGGAACAACCCAGCAGCAACAGUAGCGACGCAAAUGCAGGCAUCGUUCAAAGGAAUUCGAUUCGGUCUGAUGGUUGGCAUUGGAGGAGGCGUUCCAAGUCCGAAAGCAGAUAUCAGACUUGGAGACGUAGUAGUGAGCGAACCAUACCGGACAUUCGGUGGUGUGGUCCAGUACGACAAAGGCAAAACUACAACAGGUGGAUUCGAGCGGACUGGAUCUUUGAACUCCCCCCCGCAAAUACUGCUCAGCGCGAUACAGACGGUCAAAGCGAAUCAUGAUAUUUGCGAAAGCCGGUUACUUGAGUACGUUUCCAAGCUUGAGCGGUUGCCUAUUUUCCGUCGCCAAAGAGCGGGCCCGGAUGUGCUAUUCAAGGCGACCUAUGACCAUGGGGAUGCAGACUCGUGCGAAAACUGUGACCCCAAUGAACAAGAAGAUCGAGCCAAGCGCUUAGACGGAGAGUUGAUAGAAGUGCACUAUGGGACAAUUGCAUCUGGAAACAGAGUAAUUAAAAGAGCUAUUAAAAGGGAUAAAGCGAGCCACAGCCUUGGAGGGGUACUGUGUUUUGAGAUGGAAGCAGCGGGCCUCAUGGAUACUUUUCCCUGUCUUGUUAUUCGGGGUAUCUGUGAUUACGCAGAUUCACACAAGAAUAAGAAAUGGCAACCUUAUGCGGCAGGUACAGCGGCUUCCUAUGCCAAGGAAAUGCUAUCGGCCAUUCCCACGGCCAAGGCGAAGAGAAUGUACACAGCGGACGAUAUCAUGCGGGAUGCACCUUCUGAGACCGGCGAAAGCUUUUCGAGCAAACGUCGAAAGACAGAAACAAACCGUUCUCUACAGGACUUUAUGGAACAAGACAAUGAUGCGCUCGUUGCGAGCCACCUGAACCAAGAAUCUGUGGAUGAGGGGAGAAAAGAGCAAAAAAGAGACCUUCUACAAUCUUUGAUGUUUGACAAAAUCGAUUCCAGGGAAAUGAACAUCGGAAAUGCCCACGCAAAAACAUGCAGAUGGCUGCUGGAAAAAUCGGAGUACUUGGAGUGGUUGGACCCUGAAAAAUCAAGAGAUCACAAUGGAUUCCUGUGGAUUAAGGGAAAGCCUGGAGCAGGAAAAUCAACACUAAUUAAAUACGCCCUCACGCAUGCGAGAAAAACAAUGGAUGGCUGGAUCAUUAUUUCAUUCUUUUUCCACGGACGUGGCGAAAGCCUCGAGAAAUCUACUAUAGGGGCAUACAGAUCACUACUUAUUCAACUCUUCCAACGGCGUCCUGCGAGCCAAGAGCUUCUCCUCUCAUUAGGUGUCACUGCUGUGACAGCUGGUGCGAAACACCAGUGGACCAUUGAGGCACUAGAAGCGCUUCUUGAGGAUGUUAUCCUCAACGUAGGAAAGUCUCCCAUCAUCCUAUUCAUCGACGCUUUAGACGAAUGCGAAGAACAGCAUGAAAUACGAAACAUGGUUUCAUUCUUUCAGAGGAUAGGUGGACUAGCUAUGUCUGCUGGCAUUCGUUUGCGAAUCUGUUUUGCUAGCAGGCUGUACCCCCAUAUCACAAUCAACAAGGGACUACAUCUGAUUCUGCACGAUCACGACGAGCACAGACAAGAUAUUGCCAGCUAUUUGGAGUCGGAGUUAAGGAUAGGAAAUAGCAACACCGCGCAGGAAGUCCGAAGUCACAUUCAAGAAAAGGCUUCUGGGAUCUUCAUGUGGGUCGUUCUCGUCACGCGAAUACUCAAUACAGAGUACGAUCAAGGCCGGAUGCAUGCACUUCGCCAGAGGCUUAGAGUUAUACCCCAAGAUCUUCACACAUUGUUUUUGGACAUGUUGAGCCGGGAUAUGGAUAGCCGAACCGAGCUCUUGCUUUGUAUUCAGUGGACGCUUUUCGCAAAGCAGUCGCUGAGUCCCGAGCAGUUGUACUUUGCGAUCUUUGCUGGGAUCGAUCUAAGCGAAACAUCAGCAUGGGACCGAGAAGAAAUGGCCAUGGAAGAUAUAGAGAGAUUUCUGCUCAAUAACUCCAAGGGACUGAUCAAGAUCACAAGAUCCGAAUUCCACCACGUUCAAUUCAUUCACGAGUCGGUACGUGACUUCUUUCUGGAAGCAAAUGGACUCGGUCACAUCUGGCCCGAGUUGAAAGAGAACCUUGAAGGUCAGAGUCACGAAAAGCUCAAACAGUGCUGCCUCAACUACUUGACCGUCAGUAUAUCCGCUGUUCGUCAAUAUUGCGAGAGUAUGCCGGACGCCGCGGUAUCUCGAAACCAGAUCGAGGCCAGAUAUCCCUUGCUCGGAUACGCCGUCCAACGACUCAUAUCUCACGCUGACACAGCUGAAGCAAUGGGACUUUCUCAGACAGCUUUCCUCAACAACUUCAAUCUCGCAGAAUGGAUCUCGUUGCACAAUUUAAUCGAACCAACCCCAACUAGCAAAUACUCGCUGAAUGCCAGCUUGCUAUACAUUCUAGCGGAGCACAACCUACCCCAUCUGAUAAAAAAUCACGAAUCUACCACAUCCUGUUUCAAAAUCGAAAACGAGCGCUGCGGAUGCCCUCUCCUCGCAGCAAUGGCAGCAGGAAACGGUGAAGCCAUCGAAGCCAUGCUAGAAAGCUUUGUAAUAAGCCGCUCCGCCAAUAUUGACCCCGAGGCCCUAUACAGCUACAUCACUAUCGAAAACUGGGGUCAUCGUUUCAUCAAGACCGGGUUCAAAUUUUGGAAAGGAGGAAACGUGCUGUCAUACCUUAUUGAGUACGAUUUUGAAGUAGCGGUCGUCAUAUUCGUGCAAUCGAGGGAGUUUGAUGCGAAUUGCGAGGAUCAUAAGGGAGACACACCAAUUUUCAAGGCAAUAGCGAAGAAAGAUGAGAAGUUGGUCAAGUUGUUGCUCAACUCGGGGAUGAUUGAUGUUAAUCGCAGGAGGCGGUCAGGGGAUACGCCCUUGUCCACGGCUCUGUCAAAAGGUUACAAGGAAAUCACUCGACUACUGUUAGAAGAAGAUACUAUUGACAUCAAUAUUUUAGAUUGGCGGGGAAGAACACCAUUUAUGAAAGCAAUCUUGGACAGGGAUGAAGAACUGGUCAAGUUGCUGCUUAGGACCGGGAAAGUGGACUUUAGCGUCGAGGACGCGGCAGGAGAUACGCCGCUCUUUAUCGCAGUAGCUAUGGGAGACGAGGGCAUACUCAGACUACUACUACAGACUGGGAGAGUUGAUGUCAACACCAAAGACCAUGAUGGAAAUACCCCGCUAUCAAUUGCAGUUCGCCAGGGAUUGGAAGGGAUAGCCAGGGCGUUGGUAGAAACACGCAGGGCCGAUAUCCAAGAAAGGGAUUCAUACGGAAGAUCACUACUCUCCGUAGCAGUAUUCUGGGGCCACGAAGGAGUUCUAAGAUUGCUACUAGACACAGGCGGAAUCGACGUCAACGCAAAGGACUUUGUUGGAGAAACGCCAUUGUUUGUAGCAGCAACACAUGGGGACGAAGCACUCGUAGGACUCUUGCUGGAGAGUGGAGACGUGGAUAUCAAUGAGAAGGAUAACCUUGGGAGAGGAGCCCUGAGUCAGGCGGUAGCUCUUGGGCAUAAGAAGAUCGUCGAAUUGCUGUUGGAUACUGGCAGAGCUAACACCAACGAGGCGGAUUAUUUCUAUGGAAUGACACCGCUUUCAGUGGCGGUGGAGAAGGGUUAUGAGGGGAUUGUUGAUCUACUGGAGUCGUUUGCUCAGCUUUCACUAUAGGUUAGAACCGCUGUACAUACUAUAUCACGGAAGUUAGGAUGUAACUUGAUCUUAUUACCCAAGUUUUUUUUUUUUUUUUUUUUUUUUUUUUUUUAAUUAACUAUUCCUGCGCUCUUUCUUACUGCAGGCAAGCAAAAACAAAAUUGUAACAAGAGACAAGAUAAUACUAAAAUUGCAGAAACCGCCAACCUCUUAACAAAACAACACAAAUAGAGGUACAAAGAAACAUAAUAUGGUUUAUUUACUCCUUUUCCCUCCCA